AGUGCGCAGGAGCGAGCGCGCAGCUGAGCAGAAGUCAGAUGGAAAGAAGGAGCCCCAAAAGGGAGGCAGCAUCCUCGGAUAUUGUGACGGUCCGGCAGUCGUCGUUUGCCUGAAGGAAGAAAGUGAAAGUGGAACUCGUUUUUUUUUUUUUUUAUGUUUCUUUAUCGCUGCUCGGACACGGAAGAGACUCCUCACUGCUUCCCUCCGCCCGUGGGGAGAAACAUUUUUUUUUCUAUAAUGAUGGAAUUUAAACUUGCGUGCUUCAACUUUCUGAAUUCUCGUAGGGCUUUUCAAAGUAGGCGCACACCGGCGGUUGUUUAAUGGCUGAGGGGUGCAGCCGCCAGAGUCGUGCGUGGAGGAAGAGGACAGAGUGAGCGGGAAAACCAGCGCACUUUUUUUUUUUUUUUUAAUUUAUUUUUUUCAUUUUAUUUUUUUUUUAGCAUUAUUAUUUUCCUCCCUGCAUCUUGUUUCUUCCGGAGUAUGUCUGCACUCCGAAAGAAAUUCGGGGACGAUUACCAGGUAGUGACCACCUCAUCCAGCGGCUCCGGCUUCAACAAGCAGGCGCCCGCGGAGAAGAAGCGCAAGAGGCAGCGCUUCGUGGACAAGAACGGCCGCUGCAACGUGCAGCAUGGCAACCUGGGCGGCGAGACCAGCCGCUACCUCUCCGACCUGUUCACCACGCUGGUGGACCUGAAAUGGCGCUGGAACCUGUUCAUCUUCAUCCUCACCUACACGGUGGCCUGGCUCUUCAUGGCGUCCAUGUGGUGGUGCAUCGCCUACAUCCGCGGGGACCUCUACCGGGCGCACAACGACAAGUACACGCCGUGCGUGGCCAACGUCUACAACUUUCCCUCCGCCUUCCUCUUCUUCAUCGAGACCGAGGCCACCAUCGGCUACGGCUACCGCUACAUCACGGACAAAUGUCCCGAGGGCAUCAUCCUCUUCCUCUUCCAGUCCAUCCUGGGCUCCAUCGUCGACGCCUUCCUCAUCGGCUGCAUGUUCAUCAAGAUGUCGCAGCCCAAGAAGCGGGCGGAGACGCUCAUGUUCAGCGAGCACGCCGCCAUCUCCAUGCGAGACGGCAAGCUCACGCUCAUGUUCCGGGUGGGCAACCUGCGCAACAGCCACAUGGUCUCCGCGCAGAUCCGCUGCAAGCUGCUCAAAUCUCGUCAGACCCCCGAAGGCGAGUUCCUUCCGCUGGACCAGUUGGAGCUGGACGUAGGUUUCAGCACGGGAGCCGACCAGCUCUUCCUGGUGUCGCCGCUCACCAUCUGCCACGUGAUCGACACCAAAAGCCCCUUCUACGACCUCUCGCAGAGGUCCAUGCAAACGGAGCAGUUUGAAAUCGUGGUGAUACUGGAGGGCAUCGUGGAGACCACAGGGAUGACCUGCCAAGCGAGGACGUCCUACACCGAGGACGAGGUCCUGUGGGGACACCGCUUCUUCCCGGUCAUCUCCUUGGAGGAAGGCUUCUUCAAGGUGGACUACUCGCAGUUCCACGCCACCUUCGAGGUGCCCACCCCUCCCUACAGCGUGAAGGAGCAGGAGGAGGCCCUUCUCCUCUCCUCGCCCCUCAUGGCCCCGUCGCUGUGCAACAGCGGGGAGAAGAACAGCUCCCUGGACUGCUUGGAGACCCUGGAGGACAAUGACAGCACCACCAAGCUGCCUGCCAAGCUCCAGAAGAUCGCGGGGCGGGACGGCCUGCCCAAGAAGCUCCUGAGGAUGAGCUCCACCACCUCAGAGAUGACGUACAGUUUUGGAGACCUGCCCAUGAAGCUGCAGCGAAUCAGCUCGGUCCCUGGGGUCUCCGACGACAGGCACGGCGGGAAGGUCUCCAAAAUAAGCACGGAGCCCAUCAGUAAGUCUGUGGCGGACUUGCCUCCUAAGCUGCAGCGACUGGCAGGGGGCAGGAUGGACGGACACCUACCGCCCAAACUUAGAAAGAUGAAUUCAGAUCGCUUCACAUAGAGCGAGCUCUUUUAACUCCUUACCGUGUUCUCUCCUGACUUUGCCAGUUGAAAAAUAUUCCUCUUAUAUCAAAAGAUGUGCACAAGCAGCUUAUGUCCAGCAGGUGUACAGUCGUGGUCAAACGUUUACAUACACUUGUGAAGAACAUUAUGUCAUGGCUGUCUUGAGUUUCCAGUUUUUGUUUCAUCUGACCACACAACUUUCCUCCAGAAGGUCUUAUCUUUGUCCAUGUGAUGUCAGAUGAAACCCAAAAUUGAGCUGUUUGGCCACAAUAGGAGGAAUUGGAGGAGAAAAGGUGAGGCCUUUAGUCCCAGGAACACCAUUCCUACCGUCAAGCAUGGUGGUGGUUGUAUUAAGCUCCGGGCCUGUUUUGCUGGCAAUGGAACUGGUGCUUUACAGAGAGUAAAUGGGACAAUGAAAAAAGAGGAUUACCUUCAAAUUCUUCAGGAUAACCUAAAAUCAACAGGUUGGGUCUUGGGUGCAGUUGGGUGUUCCAACAGGACAAUGACCCCAAACUAGAGAUGUUUGAUUGAUUGAAAAUUAUGAAUCCAGUUAGACACGGAAUGAAUAAGAAUCGCGGUUCAGAUGUGAAUUGAUUUUUAUGUGCACCCCUAAUUAGAGAUGUCCGAUAAUAUCGUCCGAUAAAUGCGUUAAAAUGUAAUAUCGGAAAUAAUCGGUAUCGUUUUUUUUAUUAUCUGUAUCGUUUUUUUUGUUUUUUUUUGUUUUUUUUUAUUAAAUCAACAUAAAAAACACAAGAUGCACUUACAUUUAGUGCACCAACCCAAAAAACCUUCCUCCCCCAUUUACACUCAUUCACACAAAAGGGUUGUUUCUUUCUGUUAUUAAUAUUCUGGUUCCUACAUUAUAUAUCAAUAUAUAUCAAUACAGUCUGCAAGGGAUACAGUCCGUAAGCACACAUGAUUGUGCGUGCUGCUGGUCCACUAAUAGUACUAACCUUCAACAGUUAAUUUUACUCAUUUUCAUUAAUUACUAGUUUCUAUGUAACUGUUUUUAUAUUGUUUUACUUUCUUUUUUAUUCAAGAAAAUGUUUUUAAUUUAUUUAUCUUAUUUUAUUAAUUUUUUUUUAAAGAACCUUAUCUUCACCAUACCUGGUUGUCCAAAUUAGGCAUAAUAAUGUGUUAAUUCCACGACUGUAUAUAUCGGUUGAUAUCGGUAUCGGUUGAUAUUGGUAUCGGUUGAUAUCAGUAUCGGUAAUUAAAGAGUUGGACAAUAUCGGAUAUCGGCAAAAAGCCAUUAUUGGACAUCCCUACCCCAAACACACGUCAAAAGUGGUAAAGGAAUGUCUAAAUCAGGCUAGAAUUAAGGUUUUAGAAUGGCUUUCCCAAAGUCCUGACUUAAAUGUGUGGACAAUGCUAAAGAAACAAGUCCAUGUCAGAAAACCAACAAAUUUAGCUGAACUGCACCAAUUUUGUCAAGAGGAGUGGUCAAAAAUUCAAGCAGAAGCUUGUGGAUGGCUACCAAAAGUGCCUUAUUGCAGUGAAACUUGCCAAGGGACAUGUAAGCAAAUAUUAACAUUGCUGUAUGUAUACUUUUGACCCAGCAGAUUUGCUCACAUUUUCAGUAGACCCAUAAUAAAUUCAUAAAAGAACCAAACUUCAUGAAUGUUUUUUUGUGACCAACAAGUAUGUGCUCCAAUCACUCUAUCACAAAAAAAAAGAAAAUAAUUGUAGAAAUGAUUGGAAACUCAAGACAGCCAUGACAUGAUGUUCUUUACAAGUGUAUGCAAACUUUUGACCACGACUGUAAGUGUACAUCAAUGACGGAAGACUCUUGUUGGGACGGUAUACAAUUAGCACAAUCAGGCAUGUGAGAAGAAAACAGCGCAUGUAGAACCCAAUCUCAAUAAUUUCCCGGCAUGACAUUAACCGAUGUUUGUAGUAAAAAAAAAGAAAAAGAAAAACAAAAACAAAAAAAAUGAAUUUCAUUCGUAAAUCUUCUGAUGGAGUGAGUGGGGAAAAAAUUGCACAAAGCCAUAUAAUUUCAAACCGACAUAAUUCUAAUUUGUGGCACUCAUUUGUUUUGAGUUUCUUGCUUUGGUUGUUUAAUGUGAAGUUGUGAUUGCAUGCUCCUCUUAUUGACUAUACAAAAAGGUAAUAGACAACGAUGUUUAGCCUUAACUAUAUUACCUUGUUUCCAUUUUCAUGCUCUUUCAGGAACCUAGGGCCUGAUCUACUAAGAUCCAAAUGCCAGGCGCUAAACGGCGUGUGAAGAAAAUUGCUUGACUAUUACUGGGCGUGUUGCGUGCGAUCUACUAAGACAGCGCGUACAAUUCACAACAACUGCAAAAGUGACGCAGGGCGCCUUAUUUAAAAUAGUUGUAUUUUUUUUUUUUUACUGUGGCAGCCACCAUGGAGACACUCAUUUACUGCACAUUAAUGUUACCACGCUCCUACCUGUGGUGUUCUGCUAUGUUUUCAAACAUGCAGCAGAACCUUAUGCACCACUUUUACUGGGCAUUUUAGAGGCAGUGUAUCAAGAAAACCCACAUUUUUGAGCGUGCAAAAGAAAAUGCAUAUUGCAACAGUUUAUUUUUUAUAUACAAACCCCGUUUCCAUAUGAGUUGGGAAAUUGUGUUAGAUGUAAAUAUAAACGGAAUACAAUGAUUUGCAAAUCCUUUUCAACCCAUAUUCAAUUGAAUGCACUACAAAGACAAGAUAUUUGAUGUUCAAACUCAUAAACUUUAUUUUUUUUUUGCAAAUAAUAAUUAACUUAGAAUUUCAUGGCUGCAACACGUGCCAAAGUAGUUGGGAAAGGGCAUGUUCACCACUGUGUUACAUCACCUUUUCUUUUAACAACACUCAAUAAACGAUUGGGAACUGAGGAAACUAAUUGUUGAAGCUUUGAAAGUGGAACUCUUUCCCAUUCUUGUUUUAUGUAGAGCUUCAGUCGUUCAACAGUCCGGGGUCUCCGCUGUCGUAUUUUACGCUACAUAAUGCGCCACACGUUUUCAAUGGGAGACAGGUCUGGACUGCAGGCGGACCAGGAAAGUACCCGCACUCUUUUUUUACGAAGCCACGCUGUUGUAACACGUGCUGAAUGUGGCUUGGCAUUGUCUUGCUGAAAUAAGCAGGGGAGUCCAUUAAAAAGACGGCGCUUAGAUGGCAGCAUAUGUUGUUCCAAAACAUGUAUGUACCUUUCAGCAUUAAUGGUGCCUUCACAGAUGUGUAAGUUACCCAUGCCUUGGGCACUAAUGCACCCCCAUAACAUCACAGAUGCUGGAUUUUGAACUUUGCGUCGAUAACAGUCUGGAUGGUUCGCUUCCGCUUUGGUCCGGAUGACACGAUGUCGAAUAUUUCCAAAAACAAUUUGAAAUGUGGACUCGUCAGACCACAGAAGACUUUUCCACUUUGCAUGAGUCCAUCUUAGAUGAUCUCGGACCCAGAGAAGCCGGCGGCGUUUCUGGAUGUUGUUGAUAAAUGGCUUACGCUUUGCAUAGUAGAGCUUUAACUUGCACUUACAGAUGUAGCGACCAACUGUAUUUAGUGACAGUGGUUUUCUGAAGUGUUCCUGAGCCCAUGUGGUGAUAUCCUUUAGAGAUUGAUGUCGGUGUUUGAUACAGCGCCGUCUGAGGGAUCGAAGGUCACGGUCAUUCAAUGUUGGUUUCCGGCCAUGCCGCUUACGUGGAGUGAUUUCUCCAGAUUCUCUGAACCUUUUGAUGAUAUUUCGGACCGUAGAUGUUGAAAUCCCUAAAUUUCUUGCAAUUGCACUUAGUUUAAGAACAACGUUUCUCAGUUUGACUAUUUGCUCACGCAAUUGUGGACAAAGGGGUGUACCUCGCCCCAUCCAUUCUUGUGAAAGACUGAGCAUUUUUUGGGAAGCUGUUUUUAUACCCAAUCAUGGCACCCACCUGUUCCCAAUUAGCCUGCACACAUGUGGGAUGUUCCAAAUAAGUGUUUGAUCAGCAUUCCUCAACUUUAUCAGUAUUUAUUGUCACCUUUCCCAACUUCUUUGUCACGUGUUGCUGGCAUCAAAUUCUAAAGUUAAUGAUUAUUUGCAAAAAAAAAAAAAUGUUUAUCAGUUUGAACAUCAAAUAUGUUGUCUUUGUAGCAUAUUCAACGGAAUAUGGGUUGAAAAUGAUUAGCAAAUCAUUGCAUUCCGUUUAUAUUUACAUCUAACACAAUUUCCCAACUCAUAUGGA